CUCGCAGAGUUGGGAGAAGGCAGGCUGGGGGGUGUGGAAAAAUAAAAGGAAAAGUCCUUGCACCAUGUAGAUCAGCGCCCCCCACCCUGGCACCCUGGCCGGCCUGGACCUCCCAGUCUGCGGCCAUGAACGCUAGCAGCGAGGGCGAGAGCUUCCCGGGCUCGGUGCAAAUUCCAGGUGGCACAACGGUGUUGGUGGAGCUGACUCCUGACAUCCACAUCUGCGGCAUCUGCAAACAGCAGUUUAACAACCUGGACACCUUUGUAGCUCACAAGCAAAGCGGCUGCCAGCUGACCAGCACCUCCGGGACAACCCCCAGCACAGUCCAGUUUGUAUCAGAGGAAACCGUGCCUGCCACCCAGACUCAGACCACCACCAGAACCAUCACUUCGGAGACCCAGACAAUCACAGUUUCAGCUCCAGAAUUUGUUUUUGAACAUGGUUAUCAAACUUAUCUGCCCACGGAAAGUAACGAGAACCAGACAGCCACUGUCAUCUCUCUCCCUGCCAAGUCUCGCACCAAAAAGCCUACAACCCCACCUGCUCAGAAAAGGCUGAACUGUUGCUAUCCAGGUUGCCAGUUCAAGACCGCCUAUGGCAUGAAGGACAUGGAGCGUCAUUUAAAAAUUCACACAGGAGACAAACCCCACAAGUGUGAAGUCUGCGGCAAAUGCUUUAGCCGGAAGGACAAGCUGAAGACCCACAUGCGGUGCCACACAGGUGUGAAACCCUACAAGUGUAAGACCUGUGACUAUGCCGCCGCCGACAGCAGCAGCCUCAACAAGCACCUGCGGAUACAUUCCGACGAGCGACCCUUCAAGUGCCAAAUCUGCCCCUAUGCCAGCCGCAACUCCAGCCAGCUCACCGUCCACCUCCGAUCCCAUACGGGGGACGCCCCCUUCCAGUGCUGGCUCUGUAGCGCCAAGUUCAAAAUCAGCUCGGACUUAAAAAGGCACAUGCGGGUGCACUCGGGGGAGAAGCCUUUCAAGUGCGAGUUCUGCAAUGUCCGCUGCACCAUGAAGGGGAACCUCAAGUCGCACAUCCGCAUCAAGCACAGCGGGAAUAACUUCAAGUGUCCGCACUGCGACUUCCUGGGUGACAGCAAAGCCACCCUGCGGAAGCACAGCCGCGUGCACCAGUCGGAGCAUCCCGAGAAGUGCUCCGAGUGCAGCUACUCGUGCUCCAGCAAGGCUGCCCUGCGCGUGCACGAGCGCGUCCACUGCAGCGACCGCCCCUUCAAGUGUAACUACUGCAGCUUCGAUACCAAGCAGCCCAGCAACCUGAGCAAGCACAUGAAGAAGUUCCACGGGGACAUGGUCAAGACCGAGGCCCUGGAGAGGAAGGACACGGGCAGGCAGAGCAGCCGGCAGGUGGCCAAGCUGGACGCUAAGAAGACCUUUCACUGCGACAUUUGCGAUGCCUCGUUCAUGCGGGAGGACUCGCUCCGCAGCCAUAAGAGGCAACACAGUGAGUACAGUGAGAAUAAGAACUCAGAUGUGACCGUCCUCCAGUUCCAAAUCGACCCCAGCAAGCAGCCCGCCGCGCCCCUCACCGUGGGGCACCUCCAGGUGCCCCUCCAGCCCGGCCAAGUGCCCCAGUUCAGCGAGGGAAGAGUCAAAAUCAUCGUUGGGCAUCAAGUGCCUCCGACAAACACCAUCGUCCAGGCUGCCGCCGCCGCAGUAAACAUUGUACCUCCCGCCUUGGUGGCCCAGAACCCGGAGGAACUCCCGGGAAACAGCCGGCUGCAGAUCUUGCGCCAGGUCAGUCUGAUCGCGCCUCCGCAGUCCUCGGGGUGUCCGAGCGAGGCAGGCGUGAUGACCCAGCCUGCUGUCCUGCUGACCACUCACGACCAGACGGACGGAGCCACUCUGCACCAGACCCUGAUCCCCACGGCCCCGGGUGGCCCCCAGGAAGGCUCUGGCAACCAGACUUUCAUCACCAGUUCGGGUAUUACUUGCACUGACUUUGAAGGCCUUAACGCUUUGAUUCAGGAGGGGACGGCUGAAGUGACAGUGGUGAGCGACGGAGGCCAGAGCAUCGCAGUGGCCACCGCGGCGCCGCCUAUAUUCUCGUCCUCUUCCCAGCAAGAACUACCCAAGCAGACUUACUCCAUCAUUCAAGGGGCAGCCCACCCAGCUUUGCUCUGUCCAGCGGAUUCCAUACCGGAUUAGUGUUUAAAAAACAAAACGAGGGAGAAAAAAGGAAUGACGGGGGAAAAAAUCCUAAGUAGAAUUCUGUAAGAGGUUUGCUCUUAAUGUUUUUAAGGAUUGUUGUGAAUCUUCCCAGCCCCAUAAUAAAUUGUAAUUUUAUACCGUUCACUAUAAUUUUUAACACUGUAACAACUUUGAGACCACCUCUGAAUCUCCAUGUUAUAACUGUUGUAGAAUCUUCAAUGUGACCAACAUGAUUCCAAUUCGUGGUUGGAAUUACAUGCAUUAGGUAGUGAAUACAUUGUUUGCAACUUAUUUUCCAACUCUAAU